AGGAAAGCCGCGGCGAAAUCAAAGCAAACGUCGGUUCUGCACGGGUAAACAAAACCUGCUCGAUGGAGCAAACAUCAAACGGCCGAGAUGCAUCCCCAUUAGAGAUUCCGUUUUGUGAACAUUACAAACCACUGAUUGUCGAGGAAAUUGUGCUUGCCGAUCAUCCUGCUCACCUUCAUUAUGGAAAAUGUUCGGUCAUUGGAACGCUUUCCUGUACCAACAACGUGCUUGGAUCGUUGAGCCUGCCUGACCUGCCGGGUGCGAUGCAGCUUCCCGACGGUGCCUGUAGUGUUGAACUUUGUCUAGACAAUUACAGUGGAAUCGUACCGCGAGGGAGUCAGGUCGAAGUGACCGGCAUUCUUAAACUACGCGAUAGAAGGACGGAAAUUACGACGGAUGCAGGUACGUUGCGGAACAUGUUGGAAGCGGCAGAUGGCAUCGUCUUUAAACAGCAGUAUGAACAUAUGAAAACAAACUGUAAGCCAUACAUUGAGGUAGAUUAUAUACGCACCAUAUCAAAUGCAAGGGAACUCAUUUCAUGCAAUCUCAAGUCUAGAAAGCUUAGCUUGUUAACCAAAAUGGAAAUGUAGCAACAAUCAAACAAUGGCAUCAUGUAUCGGUACAAGUAAAUUGCUUAAGGCGGAUAAUAUAGAACAGAUUGCACGUGAAAUGUUGUUUUCUUCGGAUGAUACCUUACAAAACACACAUCAAAGCUUAGACUAUUAAAUACCAAAAGAAAGGAUAUUCUAUUUCCCGUGCCUUAACUCUUAUGUUCACAAAUAUAAAUAUUAUAAAUAUCAAAGUUCAUAAGCUAUUAAUGUUGCAUUGAUCGUAUUUGUCCUUCAUUCCUAGAGACAUAAAAAAAUCACCUUGAGCGUAUCGUGAAAUAAAUUGUUCACAACCGUUAAUUAUAAUAUUGCUUUUUUAAGGUACUUCAAUUAAUUACUUCAAGUAAUAUUGUUUAAAUAGUUGUGGAAU